UGGCCAAGCAGGAGAAUCAGUCGGGGCUGUCGGGUCGACAGACGGCAUUCUCGUUUGACGAACUGAGUCACAGACUCCCCCAAAAUGCGAGUUGCGGUGAUCGGUGCUGGCUGCUGCGGCAUCACGGCCGUCAAGGCAUGCCUCGAAGAAAGGCUCGACGUGGUCUGCUUCGAGAAGGCCUCCGACUGCGGCGGGCUAUGGUGGUACCGGGAGGAGACGCUCGAGUCCGGUACCGGUACCGUGAUGCGCUUCACCGUGGCCAACACCAGCAAGGAGAUGUCCUGCUACAGCGACUUCCCGCCGGACAAGGACGCUCCAUUGUUCAUGACACACUGGCAGACGCUCCGUUACAUUAGAAGCUACGCGGACCACUUCGGGGUGACUCCGAGGAUACGGUUCAACCACGAAGUGCUCAGGCUCGGCAAGGACGGCACAAUCAGGAUCCGCGACUCAGCGGCAGGCCGUGAGUGGGAAGAGACCUUCGACGCCGUGCUGGUGUGCUCCGGGCACCACGCCACUCCGCUGAUGCCCGAAGUCCCGGGUCGAGAGCUGUUCCGCGGCCGGGUGAUGCACUCACGCGACUACAAGGACGUCGACGAGAGGAUUCGCGACAAGAACGCGGUCGUCGUCGGCUGCGCCAACUCUGCAAUCGACGUGGCGGUCAACCUGGCCUCCGUUGCGCGGCAGGUCUUUCUGAGCACCAGGAGGGUGAACUGGAUCCUUCCCAAUCACUACCGAGGAGCUCCAUUCGACGAGUACGCCUUCAACCAGCUGAGGCUGUGGCUGUACAGCUGGCUUCCCCGCUCCUACUACUCAAGUUUCCUCACCACCAUCGCCAACGAAGCCUGGAGCCACAAGAUGUUCGGCCUCGAACCUAACCACGACAUCCUCACUCAGGGUCUCGUCGUCAACAACUACAUACAGGGCAAGUUGCUGGACGGCACCAUCAAACCACGAGGCGCUCCCGAACGAUUCACCGAAACAGGUGUGGUCAUGGACGGCGUCGAAGAGGAAGUGGAUACCGUCGUCUUCGCCACAGGCUUCAAGGCAGACUUGCCUUUCCCGACGGACGCAUUGCCACAGAAGGGAGAGAGGUUCCUCCUGUACAAGAUGAUGGUUCCUCCAGAUAACCCUAACGUGGCGUUCUUGGGGUUCAUCGACGCCAGCUCCAACAUGCUGCAGGCCUUCGAGAUGCAAGCCCGCUACAUGGCCUUAGUGCUGUCCGGCAAACUACGCCUUCCGUCCAAGGAAGCGAUGAAAGCCGACAUAGAAGUGACGCAAAACAUGAUCACCUCCGCGUUCAUCCCCACGGCAAGGCACGCUCUGAUGAUAGAUCGAGUGCGCUACGUCGACGACCUAGCUGGCAUCAUCGGCGUGAGGCCGAACUUCUUUAAACUGUUCUUCACGGACCCCAAGUUGUACUGGACGCUGAUUACGUCUCCAUUGCUGAAUUAUCAGUUCAGGCUACGGGGACCUCACUCUUGGACCGGAGCUCGCGAUGCCAUAUUGGGGCACAGGGACCGCAUGCGUGCACCCCUGACUCGUCCUGAAGCGGGUGGAAACACUUCGAAGCCGUUCUCUAAGCACCACUUCACCACCGGGAUGGUCGCGUUUGUGGCAGCGGCGACAUCGUCAGCGUGGUAUCUUGGAGCGUUUUGAGGUGCAGCAGACGGUUAAAAACAGUUAUGUGCCCUUGUGACAGCAAGUAUGUGUGUAAACGUACAAAGACGUGCCUGCUUCGCGGUGUGGUAAAACUACAAAAAAGAAAGAAGAACAUGACUGAAUGGUGGUCGUUCAUGUGGGCAUCAGUCGAAGCAGCAAGCACACCGAACUGACUUCAGCUUUGAUCGCAGCAUUACGCUCAGAUGGAGCGUAAAAUACGUCGAAAAUGCGCUCCAUGUGGCCCUCGCUUUAUCUUUGCUCGCCUAAUCAUUCUCUACAUCGCUGUAAAGUUCCCUGUGCCGAGUUGUGUACUGGUCUCGUCGACGCACCUAUUUCCCUAUUUGUGUGUUUUUGUAGCACGUGUUCAACGAUACGUAUUUCGUGCGUCAACAUUUCGGGCAAAACAAAAAAAAACUUUAUUUGCAUUCCUGUAUUUAUUUCCCGGGCAUAUAAGCCUAUUACUUUGCUAGGUACACAUUAUUAAAUAGUACAGAACUCAUAUUCUACAUAUCAUUUGUAGUGGUGACACCUUCCUGUAGUGCUACAAAAGAGACAGGGUAAUACUUGAAGCUGCAGUAUUUAUAGUAAUUAAAUGACACUGAAGAAAAAAAAAUGUCACAGUUUCGCCCUAAGGGCGAAGCAAUGAAUGCGAUAGCAACACAGCAAUGUCAUACGAAGUAAGGUGAGCGGCUUUGGCAGCAAUAUGAAUUGUAGUAAACAUGAGCUGAUUAAGUAAGCAGGUGUGCUGCGGCGUAAGUAGACCGACAUGAAGAGACACUCGAUGACCACGAGAAGGCGCGUGUGAAACGGUGGUGUUGAUGAGAAGCGCUUCCCGUGGGCAGCGCGCGUGCGAAGGGACACACCUGUAGCGCUGCACUGCCGAUCCGGGCAGCAUUACAUGUGUAGCGUGCGUUGGAAAAUGUGGCCCGACUAUUACUAACUGUGGUGUGAGCGCGCACAAACAAACCUGAAUAGAUCACACUGAAUGACUGCAGACAACGACUGUCAAAACGCUGGCAGCAAGCGCAUAUACGCCGCAGCGGGCGAAGGUACGUGCGGUCUAUCGCUUCAACGGAAACUGAGCGGCGAAUGCACAGCGCAUAAACGUCAGAUCCGUGUGGAGAUAAGAGACGGUGCGAGCGAGCGACGAGCGCGGUUGUUGGCAGAGUAGAAGUGCUACAAACUACACCUUUAAUAAAGAGAAUCUCCUCUAGGAAGCCUGCAAAAGAAGGAGCUUUCACAUGCCUGCCCGUCCAACGCCUUACGUUUACAGAAAGAUCAACUACAGCACGCAAGGAGGCUUCACGUCUUGUUCUUGCUCAGUCAUAUGAUCGCUAGUCACGGUAAAAUACAUCAGCGUUGUUGCGGUACACCGUAUCCGCAGGUAGUGAACACCAAGCGACAAUGAUUCGCGGAAAACAAAAACACAAUUUAACAAGAUCAGUCCUGGAAAGGUACGGCCUAACUUAUUGACUAAAACAGCUCAAGACAUAACCUGCUUCGUCGUUCAAGCAAAGUAAUCCACCCAAGUUCUUUUUUCAUUGCUGUUGCACUUACAAAGCGGUCAUGUCUCCCCAGCACAAACCUUUAUCGGGCAAGCCAUAGAUAAGCACGUGUGAUUUCUGUCUUUGCGCAAAGGAUCGCUUACACAGAUAAGUUUUUAAAGCCAAGCACAUGGGAAAAAGGCAGCGCUAGAACAGGUGUUCAUGCAGGAUCAUUGCCGGUGUUGAACUCCUGAGAUCAAGUUCAGCCGUUUACCGCGCGCCCCAGUAUAUUACACGUAUCUGAGUUAUAAAGCGGACCUCACGUCACCCCUGCUGCCGAUACGAGAGGCCGUUGACUCUUGGU